GAAGCUUGAAGACACAAUGAUGGGGUCUGAGAAUUCUGCCGGAAAAUACUCUCCGGUGGGGUUUUCCGAUGACUUCUCGGCGACUAGCUUUGGUUCUUCUAAUUCCUUUGACUUAUUGGGGAGUGGAAUUGAUUUUUACAAUCCUUUAUCUUCCUUGUUUGAUUUGGUUUCUACGACGGCGCCGCUGCUUUCCUCACCGGCCUCCACCGUGCCGGAGUCGUCGGAGGUUGUCAAUGCUCCGCCCACUCCUAAUUCUUCCUCCGUUUCUUCUUACUCCAAUGACGCUGCCGCCAUUGAUGAAGUUGACAAGAACAACACCGAGAAGCCUUCUUCUUCUAAUGUGUUGAAGCCAAAAAAGAAGAACCCGAAGAAGCAAAGAGAGCCGAGAUUUGCUUUCAUGACGAAGAGUGAUAUUGAUCAUCUCGACGAUGGGUAUCGGUGGCGAAAGUACGGUCAAAAAGCCGUGAAGAACAGUCCGUACCCUAGAAGCUAUUACCGUUGUACUACGGUAGGGUGUGGUGUGAAGAAGAGAGUGGAGCGAUUGUCCAACGACCAUUCGACCGUCGUUACAACUUACGAAGGCAAACACACCCAUCAAAGUCCAAUAAUGCCACGAGGUAGUAUCAGAAUCCUACCGGAAUCCAAUCUCGACGUUACUACCACCACCGGACUUUUAUUCCAACCCAACACACCCCAACCCUUCAUGUAUAGCCCUCCACCGCCAUUUCUAACAAUCAACUCGUUGUCAACGAACCCACGUCCUCCUUCUUCCUUCCCGCCACCACCGCCACCGCCACCGCCACCGUCGUCUCAAGCUUCCGUGCUCCGAGACCACGGGCUUCUACAAGACUUGGUGCCAUUGCAAAUGAGGAAGGAACCAAAAGAUGAACAAAAUGGAUGAAUUAUUCUCUCUUUUCGGUACGUUUUCAACCAUUUUGCAUCGUUUUUUGAGCUGAUUUUGGUUUUCAAAGAUGGAUUAUAUUAGUCUUAGCUGUGUUUUAUCUAUGACUCAUUAUUCCUUUGUAACUA